GCCAGAGAGCUCUCAACAGCGGCAUCCAGCCUCCCCAAAAAGCCCCGGCGGUACGGAGUGUCCAUUUGGAGAGAUGUUGUGCACUGCAGCAGACAUGAAGGGCCUGCAUCGCGUUAUUCUACUGGCUCUUGUGUGCAGCAGCGGCGGUGCCUUCAGACUGGACUCCUCUCCACGGGUCAUCCCCCUCAGUUUUGCCGGAUCAGGUCUGGACCAGGACCAAGACCAGACUUAUCCCUUCUUCAUCCAGGAGUUGGUCCGAGCCCGGCGACAGGUGGCCCCGGAGUUAGUCAGAGCCCAGCCGCACCUGGUCCACGACAUGGGCUGGCCUGAAAUACACGAGACCACAAGGACCGGGGCCAAACCUGAGAUGACCAGUAACCAUACGGAGGAAAAAGGGACCAAUCAGAACGCGCCACAUCACAGAGUCUUAGAUGAUAACCUGGGAGUGAAAGACGAAAUGGAGAGAAUGGUUCAUCUCGCUGUGCCGCAAGAUCCAGAAGACUACCAGGGACCGUCUGAUCCUGCUGACCCAGAGUCAGAGCUCACUGCUGGGCCAGGAGCAGGAGACACCUCCCUGGAGGCUUCAGGCUUCUAUGGGACAGACACAGAAGACAGGACAGGAGACGAGUGGGGAGAGGAGAGGGAGAGAAGAAGGGGAGAGGAGGGAGGAGAGGAGAAAGACAGGAGAGGGGGAGAGGAAGGAGGAGAGGAGAUGAAAGCAGUAGAGGAGGGAGCGGAGGAGAGAGAGAGGCGAGGAGGAGAGGAGUGGGACAGAGAUACAGCGGAGGAUGGACAGACAACAGCAACAGAGAAGAAGACAGAGGGACAGGACGCCCACUUUUUGGAUGAUCUGGAAGUCAACCACACAUCACCAGACCUGGAUGCUCUUAUUGGAUACAGCUCUUCCCUCCAGGACCCCCAGCACGAGUCCAGCAUCUCCAGCCUGGACCAGGAGCACGACGCUGGGGUUCAGGAGCACCGUGCCCCCGCUGUCCUGGAGGUGUCUCAGUUGGAUAAAGCAGCGUGGGAGACAGAGGACAGCCAGUCCAGUGGAUAUGGAAGCCUGCACUCCUCCUCUACAGUGUCCAGUAUCCCCUCCAGCUCCUCCCCUCCUCCUGUGGACCAAAGCACCGGGACUUCUACUCCAGAGACCGACACAGGCACAGACUUCGGCCUGCUGGUCCCCUACGGCAAAGCAGAUGUAGAGGAUGAGGCAGAGACGGAGCGAGAGAAGGAGCUCCAGGAGGACACAGGACUGCCCUUCAGAGGAGUCUCCACACCGGACCCCACUGCCCCAGGACUGGCCCCCGCCCCGAGCAGAGGGCCCCUCCCCCCCAGUGUGCAGCAGGAGGAGAGAGAGGGGCCAGGCCAGUUUAAAGGAACUGAACCGUCUUGGGAUUGGCCGGAGAACACGUCACCCCCUCCAGAUCAGAGUUCAGAGGUCGGAGGAGUCACUGAGGUCAUGGUUCCUAACAGAGAAUUUGGAGAAAUGGGACCAGAGCAACAGGUGGUGUGCAUUGACUGGACAGAGCUGGCUGGACGAGGAUAUGUGGUCCUCAAUAUGACCAAGAACCUCAACUGUGAGGAGUUUCGUGCAGACAAAGGCGUGCGUCUGUUGAGGAUCCUGGAGAGAGUUUUCGCUCGCAGAAUGAACAGCCCUGAAGGAUCAUGGGUACUUUACCUGAGCAAACCUGUGCACCAGCAACGCCAGCUGCUGAUGAACGUGGCCUCAGAGCAGGGAGUGAUCGCCACCAAAGAUGUCCUGGACAUGUUGGGGGAGAUCAGGAAAAGCUUAGACAAGGUCGGUAUCCAAAACUACAGCUCUGCCUCCAGCUGCCAGGCCCGUCCCAGUCAGACCCGGAGCGACUAUGGCAAACUGUUUAUAGUCCUGGUGAUCAUCGGCUCCGUCUGCACCAUCAUCAUCACAUCAGGGUUCAUCUACAUCUGCUGGCAACGCCGCCUUCCCGCCAAGACCACGUUCAGAGCCGAGGAACUUCACUUUGUCGAGAACGCGUGCCACGAUAACCCCACUCUGGACGUGACCAACGACAACCAGAGCGAGAUGCAAGAGAAGAAACCCAGUUCUAACGGACUGCAGCAAGGCUCAGGGGGCGGGACUACAGCGGGAGGAGGCGGAGCCGAGAGAGGAGAGGGGGCGGAGGAGGGGCGGCGCUGGCAGGUGUUUGUGAAUCAGGCGGCGACCGAGGAGGAAGAGGAGGAGCAGGACACACAUCUCUGAAACUCAACGCAUCACACAAGACCAUGAAAUGUACUGAGACGAAUGGAGAAACGAUACUAGAAUAAGAGGUGCCAAUCUGAAUACGUGAAUCAUUUAUUUUGUAGUGAACAAGAAAAGUAAGAAGUAACUGGGAGAACUUGAAUGUUUGAACGCCUGAAUGGCUUUUGUGCUGACCAAUCAGAGAAGGGGGCUAUUUUAAGGAUCAAACGGUGUACAUUGGGUUACCAAAUAUGUCUGCAUGAAGAAUACAACAUCGAUAGUUUAGUGUGCCUUAGAAAAUACAAAAUGGCUGCAAUGUGUCUGUAUACAAUAUCGAGCAAAUUCACUUGAGCACUUUUCCAUAUUUUUUAUUUAUCCAUCUUCUGUAGACUUAAAGGUGCACCGCGUAUUUUUUC